UAUUUUAAGAGUCAACAAGAAAACUAUAGUAGAACGACCAAUAGAUCUGAAAAACAGGAAACUAACUUUGCCAAUGAAUAGAUCUUGGCCAAACAUGAAUGCAGCAAGUAAACUUGAGUUAAACCACAAAGAAGGCAAGAGCAGAAAUAUUCCUGGAAAAACAUCUAAUUUUGAUAAACAUUUUGCAAAAGUGGGUGAGGAUGAAUCAGAACAUUCACGUGAUGUACUUGAUGAAGAACAGUAUCCCUAUGAUACUGUAAAAACUUCCAGCUUGGAGGCAAUGCAUGCUUUGAAAAUUUUGCCUGCCAAACCUAUAAAAGAAUCCGAGUAUGCAGAUCAAAGGUAUUUAGGAGAUUCAGCUACUACUCACAUUUCUAGAAACACUAAAUCCUCUGUCAUCAGCCAGCCAAAGUCCUCUGACUCCCCUCGAGACUUAGGUCAAUGCAGAUAUGUUUCAGAGGAGAGCAGAGUCUCAAAUGUUAAAGUUAUGUUGUUGGCAUAUGUCAUAGAACUUUAUGGAGACAAAGUCAAGGUUUAUUUUUAA